GAUUAUCUGUAGAGAUCUACAUGGUUUUUCACACGUGUCUGUCAGGAAAAACACAGCCGCAGAGAUGUGGACAUAAAAAAAGGCCAAGAAAAGCGCCGCCGUCAGUGCUUUUGUACCUCCAACGGUUCCUGGUACGCAGCUAGCAGACUAUAGUCCGUGAGAAUGGAGGGAGAGGGAGGAAAACGGAAUGAUAGUAAAAGUUAAUGUCCUCCAAUAGCAUUCAUUGGGACAGGAAUUCUCACCCUUCUUCCUGUCCUUUCAGGCGCUUCAAAGCUUGACCAGAGACACAGGCCGAGCGGCCAGACACAGACUUUCAACUUGACCUUGGCCUCCAGCCGCGUCUGCCUCCUCUGUCAGGACGGCCAGACCCGUCUAAACACACGGCUGUUUGCUGUUGUCUGUCUCUGAUUGUAAACAAGACGGAAGUCAGAAAGGGCUGGAAUACCCUCCUCUCCCCCUCUCUCACCCACGUGCUCCCGAGGCAUUUCCCUUCAUAUUUUGCCUGUAAUCUGAUGAUGUGGGUUGUGGUCGACUGAUAUUUUCUAACAGCGACUUUUACUGUCUAAUUACAGUCUAAUAUAUGUGUGUGUUUUUAAUGUUCAAUACCUGUUGGUGUAGGAUACACACGGCGAGGCCCACGGUGGUUCCUCCAGCGUGUACUGCGUCAAAAAACAGAAAUAUCCAACAUUGAAAUACAGCACGCGUAUCUGAAGGUUUACAUCCACGCACACUGAAAUCCUGUGCAGUAAAUGGCGGUGUCGUGAUACGAAAUGUCGUCAGUGUGCGUCACCCAGGGCCACAGACCUGCAGGGAGUUCAUGAGCGCCAAAGUUAGAGCCAAGGUUUAUUGAAAAAAUCUCUAUAGAAACAAUAAUAACAACUUUUUUAUUGUCAUUUUUGCACAUUCUGGGUAAACAUUGAACAUCAAGUUAUAUAUAGAAGUCAUUGUGGAUUCGUCUCAUCCUCCUGGAUGGUUUUUGGAUUAAUAAUACUUCAUGAAAACACUUCACAGUUUUAAUUCAGAAAAUGUGACAAAUCUUAUUUUCCGCCAAUGUGACCCGUGUACCUUUGUGUAUAAUCGAGUAGAGCUUUUAUUCGACCAAAUACACAGAUGAAUGUUGUUUAUUUUUACCUACUAAUGAGGGAGAACGUCAAUGGUACAGAGGCGGAAUUACGGUCCUCUCACUUCGCCGCAUUUUUCUCCAUUUAAUUAUCUGCACUGGCUGAUGUGCACCGUCCUCUUUGCAUAGCCACAGUCACGUGACGGCCGCCGAGCCAAUGGCUGAGCCACCUUUGCGCCCUCGGCUGCGCGUCAGAGAGGCUUCACUCUCUGGGAAGCAGUAUCUCCUUCUUUCAGUCUGUGGGCUUUUUAAAAAAGAGCCAGAAGCUUCAAUGUUGGAGGCCGUGCUAUGACAACGUCACUGCUGCUCCGUCCUCGCUGGGUCGACCCGUCCGUGAUGUUCCUCUACGACAACGGCGGAGGUUCCGACGAAGUGAGCAAGAACAUGGAGGGUUUUGCGGGUGGCAACUUUGCUGCGAACCAGUGCAGGAAUCUGAUGGCGCACCCCGCGUCCUUGGCACCCAGCGCGGCGGCGUACUCCUCCGGCGAGGUGCCCUCCUCCGCAAUAGGAGAGCCGGUGAAGCAGUGCAGCCCCUGCUCUGCAGCCCAGAACUCAUCCAGCGCCUCCCUGCCAUAUGGGUACUUCGGUAGCAGCUAUUACCCGUGCAGAAUGUCGCACCACAGCAGCAUAAAGCCGUGCGCAGCGCAGCCUCCUUCUGCGUAUGGAGAGAAAUACAUGGACACAUCCGCCUCGGGCGACGACUUCGCCUCCCGGGCGAAGGAGUUUGCGUUUUACCCGACCUAUUCCUCUGGCCCAUAUCAACCUGUGCCCAGUUACCUGGACGUGCCAGUGGUUCCGACUAUCAGCGCGCCGUCAGAAGCCAGACACGAGUCCCUGCUGCCGAUGGAGACGUACCAACCGUGGACUCUGGCCGCCAAUGGCUGGAACGGGCAGGUCUACUGCUCCAAGGAGCAGCCGCAGCCCGGACACAUGUGGAAGAGCUCCAUGGCAGACUCUGUGCCCCACGGUGCGGGAGACUCGGCCUCUUACCGGCGUGGAAGGAAGAAGCGCGUGCCGUACACCAAGGUGCAACUGAAGGAACUGGAGCGCGAGUACGCCGUCAAUAAAUUUAUCACCAAGGACAAAAGGAGGAGGAUAUCAGCUCAGACCAACCUGUCCGAGAGACAGGUCACCAUAUGGUUCCAGAACAGACGCGUAAAGGAGAAGAAAGUUGUCAACAAGUUGAAACCCAUCAGCUGAGUUUCCUUCUUUCUUUUUUCUUUUUCUUUUUUUUACUUUUAUCACGGACACUACUUGUGGGAGGACACACACACACACACACACACACGCUUGGACUCAUGGUUUGGAAUAACUCCUUCCUGACUGAACAUGAAUUAUUCCCUCUGAUGCCAAAUGAUUCUCCCAAACCUUCUGGAACAUUAUUCCUGGAGGGUGAGGGGGGGCUGCUGGCUGCUGGUCAUUUGUUGUUGAUACAUUUUUGUCGAAGGAGUCCAAUGGAAAGAGCAAAAAUAAUGACAAUGUAUGGUUUCAAUGUGUGUGUGAGAGACACUACU